CUCACCUCAGCUCCCUACGGGCCGUUUCGUCCCAAUUAUCGCUCCCUCCACAUUUUCUUAGUAAAGAGACCGGUUUUGAUCGUCGUUUCUUUUGGUCUUUUGAUUUUACUAUUUUGUCGGUCGCAAUGGCGGACACGGAGCACGGCGAGUUCGAGCCCCAGCAGCUCAUUGAGCCCGAUACCUUCGAUGACCAGGAUUCCACCUACCAGAGCUCGCUGGGCGACGCCAGCUACACAACCAGCAUCACGUCCAGUGCCAUGAACUAUACGUAUAACGGUCGCCGAUAUCACUCGUACCACGAAGGAGAAUAUGUCUUGCCCAACGAUGAGCAAGAGCAGGACCGUCUUGACCUGAGCCACCACAUCUACCGUAUGCUCCUAAAGGGCGAGCUGCACCGGGCGCCCGUCAAGAACCCAGCGCGGGUACUGGAUAUCGGAACAGGAACGGGGAUUUGGGCGAUUGAUUUCGCAGAUGAACACCCUGAAACCGAGGUCAUUGGAAACGACCUCAGUCCCAUUCAACCCUCAUGGGUUCCCCCGAACUGCCGCUUCGAAGUAGACGACUUUGAACAAAUCUGGUCCUACAGCCAACCCUUCGACUUCAUCCAUGGGCGCGAACUCGAGGGGGCCAUCCGCGACCACGACCACGUCUUCAGUGAAGCCUUCAAAUCGCUCAAACCCGGCGGCUGGUUCGAGAUUUCCUCUUUCGACGUUAACUCCUACUCCGAUGACGGCACGCAUCUUCGCGCAAAGUGCAUGCAGGAGGUCGUCAAGAACUUGCACCUUUCAUCCAAGAAAUUCGGCAAGGACAUGAACACCACACAUACCUGGCGUGAGCGCCUCGAGAAGGCCGGGUUCAUCAACGUCACCGAGGAGAUGUAUAAAUUGCCGCAGAGCCCGUGGGCGAAGGAUCCGAAGAUGAAAGAACUCGGCCGUUACCACCAGGUUAAUAUGUUUGAGGCGAUCCCGCCGUAUUGCUAUGCGCUGUUCACAAGGGUGCUGGGUUGGCAGCGACCGGAGAUUGAGGCGCUUGUUGCGGGAAUCCGGCAGGAGUUGAAGGAUAUGUCGCUGCAUCUUUACACGAAAGUACACGUUGUUUAUGGGCAGAAGCCGGAGUAG